AUGGCAUUCUUUGGCAUAACUCUGUUGGGUUAUCAGAAUCCUUUUCUGAGCAAAAAGAAAGUCCCAUUUGCUGUCACUACAGAGGAAGAGACUUCUAAGGAGCCAGUUUGCAGAACCAAGCUGCCCCCCAUUAUCCCAGGUGGAAAUUACAGCGUACACCAGAACAGCAAUAUUAAGUACCAUAGAGCCGUCCGGAGGGGACAAUUAAAGACAUUCCACAAUCAGCUCUUUGAAGAACCUCUGACGGAUGCCCAGAAUUUCAGUUUCUGGCUGUCACAUGAACCUGGGAAACGCUCACAUGACAUUGCUCCAUGGAUGAAGACUCCAAGACAUUGCAUUAUCAAGAGCUCUAUAACCAGGUUUGUGGAUCACAUGAUUCUCCAUGACCGCCUCUUCAGUUUAUACUGAUCUGGGGGAGCUGAAGGCUGGCCUGAGCCAUGUGCCAAGGGCUGACAUGCCAGAAUGGAUAGCUGGUGGGAUACAAAUACCUGGGGGUAGUCAUUGGGAAAGAGAACACUAGCAAGGGAAGAGGGAGUGGGGAGGACUGGAAAAUUAUUCAAAAAUCAGAAAAUAAAAUAUAUUUGAAAUACGAUGUGUAUAUUUGUGCCAGUACAUGUGUUGGGGUUGUGUAAAGAAAAUACUUAUGGCCAAAGCCUAUCCAGAACACAGGUAUGAGAAGUCUAAGAGGCAAGAGCCUAGCCCCAGUGAAAAAAGUGGAGAAUAAAUUAGCAGGAUCACAUACUCGGAGCACGAAAGGAGAACAGGUCUGUGAGCAUAAACUUUCCUACUUGGUGCUGAGGUAUCUUUAGGUGCCUUUCUAGGCUCCUUGGAGAGGACGGUUUAGCCCAAAAUGGAGCAAAUGAGAAAAAGUAGAUGAAACUUCUCUAGUUUUCUUCU